UCACGAACACAGUAAACCAUAACAACAGACAAGUAGACUACUAGUGCGCGUUCACAACUCGGAACUAGGACACUCGGAAAUGUCAAUGUUGCUGAUUCGUGAACGCGGCACAUGUAUAACAACAACCAUUUACCUAGUUAUACAUUUCCGAGUUUCGACUAUAACGUGAACGCGGCAUAUUCUGACCCUGACCAAAUUCAGUCCAAAAAGCAGACCUCAUACCCUGCUUGUAGGGUCACCGCCAGCUAGCUAGUCUACUGCAAUAUGGCACUUUUUCAUUUGAUUACAGGUUGGAUUGGUUAUGUUCUUAUGUGCCUACUUGGUUUGAUUUUGAUCGUAUUUCUCUGUUUUUGUCUGUACAUAAAAUAUAUUCAUUUGAAAUAUGAUCACAUACCGGGACCACCAAGGGACAGUUUUAUAUUCGGACAUUCCGCAAUCCUGAGGGAAAUUAGCAAUGGUCGAGUUAUCCACGACAAAUUCCUGGAAUGGUCGGAGACAUAUGGACCGGUGUACCGUAUUAACGGUAUGCACAUUGUGAUGCUGUUUGUCACCUGCCCUGAUACCACCAAGGAAGUGCUGAUGUCACCAAAGUACCCCAAAGACUCACUGGUCUACAAGGGUCUUUUCAACCUAUUUGGACAGAGGUUUCUGGGAAGUGGUCUGAUUACGGCUCAUAAUCAUGAUGCGUGGUACAAACAGCGAAGGAUCAUGGACCCUGCCUUCAGCAGUCUGUACCUGCGUGGUCAGAUGGGGGCGUUCAACGAGCGGGCAGAGCGUCUGAUGGAUAAACUGGCAGACAUGGCUGACACCAACACAGCCGCCAACAUGCACCAAAUGUUCAACCUUGUGACCCUGGAUAUCAUCACCAAGGUGGCGUUUGGAGUGGAUCUCGAUCUGUUGAAGGAGAGUGACACUCUGUUCCCCAAAGCCAUAGAGAUGUGUCUGAAGGGAAUGGUCCACUAUGUCAGAGACUCCACCUUCCAGCUCUACCCAAAGAACAAGAAGUUCAUCAACGAGGUGAAGGAGUCUGUUCAGCUCCUGCGUUCGACAGGCAGACGGUGGAUCAACGAGAGGAAAAUGGCCAUCCAAAAUGGCGAGGAUGUUCCUAAAGAUAUCCUGACACAGAUCCUCAAGACGGCUGGCAAAGAGGAAAACACAGAAAAUGAAGAUGAGGAGCUUAUGCUGGACAACUUUGUAACGUUAUUCGUUGCGGGGCAAGAGACAACAGCCAAUCAACUAGCUUUUGCCGUCAUGGAACUGGGAAGGCUGCCAGAGAUAUUGGCCAAUGUGAAGCAAGAAGUGGAUGAUGUCAUCGGGAUGAAACAGGAAAUCAGCUUUGAUGACCUGGGGAAAAUGACCUACCUGUCUCAGGUGUUGAAGGAGACUCUGAGGUUGUAUCCCACGGCUCCCGGUACGUCUCGCUUCAUCCCCAAUGACAUCACCAUCAACGGCAUCCCCAUCCCAGCAGGAGUCACAUGCUUCUUCAAUUCAUACGUCUGUGGACGGUUGGAGAAGUUCUUUGAGGAGCCGCUGAAGUUUGACCCAGAGAGGUUCCAUCCAGAUACUGCCAAACCCUAUUACUGCUACUACCCCUUCGCCCUGGGACCACGCUCAUGUCUGGGACAGAGCUUCGCACAGAUGGAGGCGAAGGUAGUGAUGGCCAAGCUGCUCCAGAGGUUUGACUUCAGCCUACUGCCUGGCCAGUCCUUUGACAUCCUGGACACUGGCACUCUGAGACCAAAGAGUGGAGUGGUGUGUAGCAUCAGACACCGAGGACAGACAGCCGCAGCCUGACUACUGGAACCUGGAGAUGACUAGCCCUUGUCUUUCAACUCAACAUAUUUCUUAUUCGACUCAUUCCGUCUUUCUUCUUUAGUGUCUUAAAAAAAAAGAUGAACACUUCAUCAAUGUUUUACCAAUCUUGUGCAUAUAUUUGCAUGUAUACAAAACAAAAAUGCAACAUGCAACUUUUCCAACGAAUUUACUGAGUUAUAGUUCAUAUAAGGAAAUCAGUCAAUUGAAAUAAAUUCAUUAGGCCCUAAUCUAUGGAUUUUACAUGACUGGGCAGGGGUGCAGCCAUGGGUGGGCCAGGGAGGGCAUAGGCCCACCCACUUGGGAGCUAGGCCCAGCCAAUCAGAAUAAGCUUAUGGUAGAGAAAUUAACAUUCAAUUCUCUGGCAAAAGCUCUGGUGGACAUUCCAGUAGUCAGUACGCCAAUUGCA